AUGGAUAGAAGGAGCGGUCUUAGUAAGAAAUGUUGCUAUAGAGCAACAAGUGAUGAGGAUAAAGCAGACAGAAUCAGUAAUCCACCAGAAAAUAUUUUGAGUCACAUCCUAUCCCUUCUUCCGACAAAAGAUGCUGUUCGAACUAGCGUGUUGUCAACAGAAUGGGUGUACAGAUGGACUUCCAUUUACAAUAUCAGCUUUGAUGAUAAUUUAUGCAAUUUUGAGGCAUUCAAUAAUAAGGCUAAAAGGGGAAGAUUCAUGAGCUUUGUGGAGAGGGUACUUUUACUUUGUAGGAAUACGGUGUUUGAAGAACUGCAGCUUUUUUGCCGUUGUAACUAUGAACAUCGUCGUGUGAAAACAUGGAUGUCAGCCAUGCUAAGGUGGACAGUUAAGAAGGUUGAUAUUCGGUAUGAUGGGCCCCUCAAUUUCCCUAAAUGUUUCUUUAGUUGUGAUUCCGUAAUUGAGCUGAAGCUUCGAGUACGCGAUGUUCGUCUUCCUGAUAACUCUCGUCAUUCAAACCUUAAAAUUUUAGCCCCUUCUUCAGUUUGUAUUCAAAGUCUUGGCUUACAGAGCACCAGGAAUCUAUUCACCUUCCCAGUCCUUGAAAAGCUUCAUUUUCAGAAAUGUCAAUAG